UUGCAAUGUACAAAAACGUUAUACUGAAGCAAUAGAAAUGUUGGAAAAAUCUGUUGAAAUUAGACUGAAAGUUUUGCCUGCUAAUCAUCCGGAUAUGGGAACAUCCCUUAUUAAUAUUUCACAAGUCCUCAAUGCACUCGGCCAGUACGAGAAGGCAAUCAAUUACUUGAAGAAAGCGUUUGAAAAUAACUUCAAUUCACUUCCACCCGAUCAUCCAUCAUCGUCCAUUAUACGUAACAAUUUAGGACAAUUGUAUCAUAGGCAAGGGAAAUUCAAAGAAGCUCGUGAAAUGUAUGAAAGAUCACUUGAAAUUCAACUUAAAGUUUUUCUGGCUGAUCACCCUGAUAUUGCAUGGACAUACAACAACAUUGCUGUAAUGUAUGAAGGGGAUGGGGACUCUACUGAAGCAUUGGGAUAUUACCAUAAAGCACUUCAAAUUGAACUACAUUCGCUUCCAUUGAAUCAUCCAGAUAUAGCAGCAACUUAUAACAAUCUGGCUUCACUAUUGCAAGAAUAG